AUGAAUACAGAGAAAGGACAAGACCGGACAGAUCGAGGACCAUCCCAGAAGACAAUGCUGUCCAAGGCGCUACAGAAAGCGAAUGCUGCCGUUCUUCUUGACAAUGCUACAAACUACGAGGGUGCCAUAGAUGCCUACAACGACGCGUGCCAGCUCCUACAACAAGUGAUGCAUCGAAGUGGUGGUAAUGACGAGAAACAGAAAUUGGAGGAGAUUCGUAAUACUUACUCUAGUCGGAUAAAUGAACUUCGACGCCUUGGCCUCUCCUCUCAACAGGUCGAUGAUGGAAAGGCUUUACCCGAUCCUCCUCCAAACGAGGAGUCACCGUCGGAUGGGAUUUUCACGCUUUUUCCUGAUGCCGGGGCUGAGCGUCAGGAUACCCAUGUUCUCACAACCACAACUGCAAAACUUAUUACCAGUAAUCCUCCUUAUGCUAGCAACUCCAGAGAGCAGCGCAGCCUGGCGCCCUCCCAAAUCCCUCCCAGACGACAAUCCCUCCUCCCCUCAACCUUCGAUGAAGAUGUUAGAUUAGCUAAUCCCCAAUUAAAUCCCGCUCCUUUUCGUGAACAUUCACAGUCCAAGUCGCUGAAGAAAGAUUUUCGAAUAAAACCCCAAAGUUCAACCGAGACACUGAAAAAUUCUCGUUCGGAUCCCUCCACAUUGGGGGAAAUGCCUUCCUCGCCGAGCGCAUAUCCUCAGCGGGUCGAUUUCACCAAUCGACCCUCAACUCAAGUAUCGAACCCGCUUCCCCCUUUGGUAAAUCAGCAUUCCCGUGAUGCGAGCAAUGGAUCAACCUCCUGGCUUGACACUAUUGACGAGUCUGGAGCUUCGUCAAACUCCUCAAUUCGGUCAAGAUCGUCGUUACUCUAUAUUAGACCAAAACUUGCUCGGAAUACCAGCGGAGGUACUGAAGCAGAAUUUGAUGCUGCCCUGGAUGCUGCUGUGGAGGCUGCAUAUGAUGAAGGUUUUGAACCAGCUAAUGAUGCAGAUACCAUGUAUACGGAUGAUAUCGUAUCCAAUGUGAGGCGGAACGUUGAGUUAGCAAAACAAAAGGUUCGGGAGGUACAGUUGGAAUCUGAAGCCGUGUCAGCGAAGAAUAGAGAAAAACGGAGAAUAUUGGAGGAACCUGGGUGGGCAAAUGUUGAUGCAAUUCAUCCAGGCUAUGAUGAUGACGUUGAAGCUGAGGAGGAAGAACGUAUCCUGGAAGAAAUGAUGGCCGACUUCGAAUUUGACCUUCAGUCGAAGUCGGCCCUCCCACGCCAGUCCGACUCAAGUGGUUUUUCUGGCAGAACAUGGGGGAGUUCCGUUGCUUCGAAUUUAACGACAGCUGGUACUUCGCUCUCCACUCUCGCAGAGGGGGUCGAAUUCCAGCCAUUGGAUGCGAGGAUGAAAUCAACAUCCUCACCCCCACAUCCACCUCCUGUCUCUGCAUUACCGCAACCGCCAGUAUUGGCACCGACAUUCGCAGCAUCUUUGCCGUCUGUGGCAUUAGGACCGAUUUCUGCUCAGACCACAUUGACGGGAUCGACAGGCGUGAGGGGAAGGCGACUGAAUGGUCAGAAUCCUGCGGAAUUGUCCAUUGAGACAAUUUCCCACAUAUUACCUGAUACGAAUGGGCCACAGACGGCCCCGAUGGUCUCACCGGUGCUGGAAAGCGUGCCUAAGACUUGUGUCCCCAUUUCGCAAGAUUCGGCCUCCGAAAUCAAAAUAGACACAGCAGGUAGCCCCACAAAAGAUACAUCCAGGGGCUCUGAUCCUGUGGAAGCUCCCCUUACCGAUUCCAUUAUACACUCCACUAAACUACAACCACGAGAGACACAUGACAACAGUUUUCUGCCCUCCCCGUCACGUAUGGUAGCAAAGGUUGCAUCAGCCCCAGAGAAUCUUAGAAAGAACAUAUCAUCCUCGAGCCUCAAGGCAAUGAAAGCUAGAGGCAUGUCCGUUUCAACACCUGAUAUCCCUACUCAGGCACCGGGGGCAUCAUAUAGUGCGACUUUUGCGAAUUUGGAUCAAAGAAAAGUGACUACUCCUUCUUUGCCUCCUGCACAUACCCCUACCAACUCACUUGCUGCCAAUAGCAUUCAUGCUGGAGGACUCAACCUUUUCGAUAGCAAUAUUCACUCACCUACAACUCCAGGGUCUCCUAACCUAUCUGUUCCAUAUGCUCCUUUACCCUUGGAGCCAUGUCCGCAGUCCUUUCUUCUUCGCCCAUUCUGGCUAAUGCGGUGUCUCUAUCAGACCAUUGCUCAUCCCCGUGGUGGAUAUCUUACAACAAAACUCUUUAUACCAAGGGAUGUGUGGCGAGUUCAGAAUGUUAAGUUAAAGGGUGUGGAAGAGAAAAUAUCGAGCUGCGACCUUUUGACAGCCGCACUUUUGAAGCUCGCCAAAGCGGACACCUAUGACGCCGAUGCCGUACUUGAGGAAAUGCAAUCGUUGGAAACUAUUUUAGAUCAAGUUCAGAAUAUUUGGUCAAAAAAGCUAGGAAACGAGGUUGGAGUCCAGGGAUCCAUGUCUCUUUUCAAGUCAACCAUAGGAGAAGAUAUGCCCACAUUUCAUGACAAUGCUGCUUCAAAACCCUCCGGCGGCUCAAGCAAAUCGUACUUGACAUCCUGGCGGAAGCUGCGAUCGAAGAGCUCUGGUACAGGUGGGCCUACGUCUGUUUCUGUUGUAUCGAAGUACGGCAGUAAGGAUACACUUACAAUGAAUUCGCUGCCGAUGACCGACAGUCAUGGCUUUCGUACUCCGAAAAGAAAUGUCACACAGCUGCAGUGUACGGGUCCUAACGCGAGCUAUAUGGGUGCUCUGGCGAGAUUGUUCGAUGCUGCCCAAGUCCUUGAUCAAAUUGCCCGGCAAGUCGAAGACCCAGGUCUGAAACACUCAUCCCAGACCCUUGUUGGGCUUGAACUUAGCACAAGGCAUGCCUCUGAGUUUUUUGGGUUUUACGUUUGUCGAUUCGCGCUCAACGAUAUUGCCUUGAUGAUUGAUAAAUUCGUUAAACGAGGGAGUGAAUGGGUCCUGGUGUAA